AUGAACUUACCAAAAGGGGCAUCAGUAGCCUUUGUAACCGCAAUCAGAACACAAAGGGCAUCUCCAACGCCUUCAAUACCUUUAACAACCAUCUUCACACCAAACAAGGAUUGCACAGGAGACGAUGCCUUCAAAACAAGAACAGUGGGCUCCUCAGUGUAUUAUGAGUUCGAUGAUGGCGCCAUAAAACCGACAUGCUACCCUUUGAGUUAUAAGAGUUAUCAGUACUAUUCGGUAAAUUGGUACUCUCCAGGAGUGUGCCCUCUUUCCUACGUCUACGUUUCAACAUCGAUAUCAACUCGUGGCAAUGCACCCGAAAUAACCUUUGCUGCAUGCUGUCCAUCGAAUGUCGCCAUAAUAUCGGGAUUCGACAGUUCGUGCCGGAGCGUGAGCACCUCCAGAGUCGAGACUGUAGAUGGAAGCGUUGUCACCAGCACUACGGUUUACUACGCAAAUCCGAUUUUGGUUGCUUGGCAGGAAUCUGAUAUAUCUCGUUUUUCUCCUCAAUCUGAAGCACGUGCGGCUCUGCGAAGCGCUGGAGUGACGUUGCCUCCUGAACUUUCUACUGCAAGCAGCACCACGGACAAAUCUGCCACCUCGACUUCCAACUCAAACAACCGAGAUGAUGAUGAAGAUCCGGGGAGUAGCGGUGGCGGUUUGAGUAGCGGUGCUGCUGCAGGCAUAGGUGUUGCUGUCGGACUCAUGGUGAUCAUGCUCCUUGUAGCUUUGUGGUGGUUUGUGAAGCGGCGCAAGGCCACCCGGGGAGUCAACAAUGCCGACGAAAGCGGGCAGUUGUGGAAUCAACAGAUUUACAAGGUUCCGGAUACUACAGAAACUUCGGAUAAGGUUGUCGAGAUCCCGAGAAAUGGACUCAGGGGGUGA